GACCAGCAGAGCAGCUAAGAAGCCAUCUCAGGACCCAAGGGAUCAUUCAGUAAGACACCUUACCACACCCUCGCUGCAAAACCUGGAAUCAGCUAAGAAAUGCAAUUCACCCUCCCUGUCUUGUUAUUCUUUGGGAUACUAGGGUUGUGCCUAGCUACUACAGAGCAACAGGUGAGAUGGUGUGUCCAAUCAGAAAAUGAGCAGGAAAAAUGUAAUAAGCUUAAAGAGGUCCUGACAGGUACCACGAGCCCGAGUUUGACCUGUGUAAAGAAAAUUUCCUACAAGGACUGUUUCAGGGCCAUCUGGAAUAAUGAAGCUGAUGCCAUUUGUGUUGACAGUGGCUUAAUCUAUGAAGCAGCUGUACCCCCCUUUGAUCUGAAGCCUAUCAUAGUUGAAGACUAUGGCUCUGAAGAAGAGCGGCAAAUUUACUCCUUUGCUGUGGCUGUUGUGAAGAAAGGAACUGAUUUCAGACUCAGGGAUCUCAAAGGCAAGAGGUCCUGCCAUACUGGCCUGGGCAUGUCAGCCGGGUGGAUCAUCCCCAUUGGGAAACUUGUGGAACUUGGUGUGUUGGACUGGAACAAUAUCAAUUAUUCUAUUGAAAAUGCGGUAGCUGAGUUUUUCUCUGACAGCUGUGUGCCCUGUGCUUUUUGGAUGAACUCUCAGCUAUGUCACCUGUGUGUUGGAGUGGGACCUGACCAGUGUGCGUGCUCAAACAGAGAACCUUACUUUGGCAGCUCAGGAGCUCUCAUGUGCCUGAAGGAUGGUGUUGGAGAUGUGAGUUUUAUGGAGCAUACAACUCUUUUAGAGACACUUCCAACUGCGGCUGAAAGGGAUGAAUUUGAGCUACUCUGUGAGGAUAAUACCAGCAGGCCAGUGAAUGAGUACAGGAAAUGUCACCUAGGCAAGGUCCCUGCUAAUGCAGUUGUGGCCCGAAGAGUGAAUAACAAGGAGGAUCUGAUCUGGAAUCUUCUUUCUGAGGCACAGGAAAGGUUUGGCAAGGGCAAAUCGGAGACAUUCCAACUCUUUGGUUCCCAUCAUGGCAAGGAUCUGCUGUUUAAAGACUCAACAAACAGGUUUCUGAGGCUCCCUCCUAAAAUGGAUCAUGAGCAGUACCUGGGCUAUAAGCACAUGAAGGCUCUGAAGACUUUGACAAUGUCCAAGACUUCUCCCUCUUUAUCCAACAAAGUGAUGUGGUGUGCAGUGAGCAAAGAUGAAGAGUCAAAGUGCUUUGAAUGGAGUACAGUCAGUGGUUUAGCCAUUAAAUGUGUUGUGGCAGAAACCACAGAAGAGUGCAUCGACAAGAUUAUGAAAGGGGAAGCUGAUGCCAUGAGCUUGGAUGGAGGAUUUAUCUACAUUGCUGGCAAAUGUGGUCUAGAGGUUGUCCUGGCAGAGAAUUACAAGACUAAGGAUUCCAGUUAUGGGCGAGGGCCUCUUUGCUCCAUUAAACCAAUCGAAGGCUAUUAUGCUGUGGCAGUUGUUAGGAAGUCUGAUGCUGAUCUUAAGUGGGGCUCACUGCAAGGCAAAAAGUCCUGUCACACAGCAAUUAACAGAGCCGCUGGUUGGAACAUUCCUAUGGGUCUGAUACACAAUCAAACCAACUCCUGUGAAUUUGAUAAAUACUUCAGUGAAUCCUGUGCUCCUGGUGCUGAUGUUAAUUCUAGCCUCUGUGCCUUAUGUGUUGGCAGUCCAGAGGCAGGAGGUUUGAACAAGUGUGCUGCCAACAGCAAAGAGAAAUAUUAUGGCUACACAGGGGCUUUCAGGUGCCUGGCUGAGAAUAAAGGAGAUGUUGCCUUUGUGAAACACAGCACUGUCCUGGAGAAUACAGAUGGCCAGAACCAAGAAAGCUGGGCCCACAACUUAAAGAGUGAGGACUUUGAACUCUUGUGCUUAGAUGGUAAACGGAAGCCUGUGACAGAGGCUAAAGACUGCCAUCUGGCUCAGGCCCCAAAUCAUGCUGUGGUCUCACGGCCAGACAAGGCGGCGUUUGUUCGCCAUAUACUGUUGAACCAACAGGACCUUUUUGGGACCAAUGGGACAGAAUGGUACAUGUUUCAGAUGUUCCAGUCCAAAAACAAAGACCUCCUGUUUACAGACAACGCUGAAUGCUUGUCGGAUGUUCCAGACAAAAGAACCUAUGAAAAAUAUUUGGGACCAGAGCAUAUCAAGGUCAUUGAAUCUCUGAGAAAAUGCUCAGAUGUUUCAGGGAACCCCUGUGCCACUUCCAACCAGCUGGGAAGUGUCAGGGCCCAGGACUCAGGAGGCAAGGAAACUCCAGGCGCCCAGGCCCCACCAUCACAGCUCCAGAGUAGCGCUCUCAGAGACCCCAGGAAGACGUCCCGGCCCAACAAGGGCCUCUCGCAAGGACUGGUAGAAACAGCCAGCAGUUCCGGAGCUGUGGCGGCCGCAAUGGCAACGGUGGCGUUGUUGGGGAUUUGCUCUCGGCGGUUGCUCGGAGCUGCACGGAAGGUGCCGGCUGCCGCUUCUCUCCGCUGGAGCUCCAGCACGACCGGAGCCGUGGUCGCCCCGCCGGCGGUGCGGAAACGACCCCGAACCCCGGAGGUCGUCUGGCCAGAAGACCCAGAGGAAGAAGACAUCAACUUCUAUGAGAAGAACCCCGACUUCCACGGCUACCAUGAAGACCCCUUGGUAGACCUCUGGAACAUGAGAGCCGUGUUCUUCGUUGGCGUCUCUCUUACCAUGGUCCUAGGCUUUACCUUUUUGGCCUAUCUCCCCGACUACAAGUUGAAGGAAUGGGCCCGGAGGGAGGCAGAGCUACAGAGCUUGGAGGGCCACGUCUUUCUGUUGCGGCGGCACUGCUCAAUGAUGGUCUCGGCGGAAGCUGAGCAGAUGGGGGUCGGAGGUGGUACCUUCCAGCCGCAUCUGGACUCUCUGCGCCAGGAGCUGCAGCAAAGGGACCCCGCGAUGCUUUCCGUGCUGGUGGCGCUGCUUGUCGUUCUGCUGACUCUGGUAUGCUGGAAACUCAUUCGAAGCAGAAAGAGCAGUCGAAGGGCUGUACUUCUGGUGGGACUUUGUGACUCGGGGAAGACGCUCCUUUUUGUCAGGCUUUUAACAGGCCUUUACAGAAAUACCCAGACAUCUAUUACUGAUAGCUCUGCUGUGUACCGAGUCAACAACGACAGGGGUAAUAGUUUGACUUUGAUUGAUCUUCCUGGUCAUGAGAGCUUGAGGCUUCAAUUCUUAGAACGGUUUAAGGCUUCAGCCAGAGCAAUUGUGUUUGUGGUGGAUAGUGCAACAUUCCAGCGGGAGGUGAAAGACGUAGCUGAAUUUCUCUAUCAGGUCCUUAUUGACAGCAUGGUAUUGAAGAAUGCACCAUCCUUAUUGAUAGCCUGCAAUAAGCAAGAUCUCACAAUGGCAAAAUCUGCCAAAUUAAUUCAGCAGCAGCUGGAAAAAGAACUUAAUACUUUGCGAGUUACUCGCACUGCUGCCCCCAGCACACUGGAGAGCUCAGGAGCUGUUAUCACUCAGCUUGGAAAGAAGGGCAAAGAAUUUGAAUUUUCUCAAUUGCCAAUGAAGGUGGAAUUUUUGGAGUGCAGCGCCAAGGGAGCUAUGGGAGACGACGGCUCUGCUGACAUCCAGGACUUUGAGAAGUGGCUGGCUCGGGUGGCCUGAAGAGGCGGAGCUGGGGCAGAGCAGAAGAUGUCUGACCUUGAUGGCACGUGCAUGGGGUGGGUUAGCAGUGAGUUGAUAAGGGAUGAAAAAUAUAAUUGGAAAUACUUUCUUAUUGUGGAAAGAAAUUAUUGUGAGGAUAUUAAGGAUAAAUGUACUGUAGCCAGCUUGGAGUUUUUUAAAAGCCUUCCAGCUUCUUUUUUCGAAUAAUUCAGUUUUUCUUUAUUGUCCCAUUGCCAAGUACAAUGGUUUUCAUUUCUGUCUUGUGUCUGUAAUAGUGAGUAUAAGGUUUAUCUUAUCCUCUGGAAAGAUAAAGGACUUUGCCAUCUCCAACAGACUCCAAGUAGAGAGGUUCAUUACCAUAAACAUUUUUAUUUCAAGAAGAGUUUUCCUCCUUCCUGACUGGGGGUUUCUGGUAGUUUUUCUUAAGUGUGUCAACUGUGUGCUCAUGGUACACAGUUUUUUAUAACUUAAGACAGUAUGAUUCUUGGAUUAGCCAAAUUCAUUGUGACUGAACAACUCCGAGCCACUUUCAUGAAAUACUUGAUUAUGAUAUGUCUUACUGGGCUCCCUUAAUUUUAUAAAACUAAGUAAUGAAUAAAUAGCAGAAAGAUUCUCUGCAAGGUUUUGUGUGUGUGCAAACUCAGCAGUGUUAAAAAAAAUCUAUGUUUUUAUAAUGAAAUUCUUGGCUUCUUAAGUUUAUGGGUUUUAUAAAUAAUACAUUUUUGGUAAGUAAUAUGGCCAGCAUGACUUGGAGUGGGCAGAGAUCAUGUAUGAGCAUGAUGAGACUAAAGUCACUUUGAUUCCCCUAUUACCUUUGUUAGGUUUCACAGUUACAGACUGCCCCCUGCCCCUCCCACAUAAAUGCCUCAAGUCUCAGAAGGUCCAGAAUGAGACUGUGCAGUCCUUGCAACCCCAUCCCCACUCUUGGAAAAGCAGCUCAGCAGGUAUACCUUACUGGUGGGUGUGUGGUGCCACCUUUGUAUAUGAAAGACCAACAUUAUUAUUAGGAAGGAAUAAAACCUUAAAUUGACAAGAACUUUUCUUAUGUCUCAUGUCAGGAUUCUGAUUUGAAAGCCUCUCCUGCUAAUAUUUAGUCUUAUGGACUACCAUUGCUAGCAGAAAUGGUAGUUUAGGGAAACAGAAGUAGGGAAAAAAAAACCAGUGAAAAAAUUUAAUUUGGUCAUAGGUGCCAUUAUAGCUUCCUUGUUUAAUGUUUGCGUGUGGCAAAUGAAAAAGCCACUGUUAUGUAGCAUGGAGCCUUGAACAGGGGAGGUGCUCAAUACAGAUUCAAGCAGUGGCUUGAAAAACCUGUUAAAUGGCAUGUUUUCUCAGUCUAUUUUCUUUCUCAUGAAAUUUCCCAUUUAGUUUCAUUCUAUUUCUUGGUUUAUUUUUUUUAAUUAUGUGUUAAGCCAGUAUUUCACCCCAUUAGCAGAAGCAGUGGAAUGUCACAACAAAGGCUGUUUGAAGCAGGGGAGAGAAACUGGUUUUUAUUUAUGACAUAAACUAAUUUACAGUGAGGAGAGAGAUCUACAAUGAGUAUAUACUGCCAUUAGGAUUGUAUCAUUUGGGGGCCUUUACUUAUAAAGAUUUUGAAAGCAUUUUAUAAACAAUAGUUUAAAAAAAAACUUUCCUAUUUUUCCAGUGGAGGAAGCAGAAGAUGUAUUAAUUGAAUGAGUUACCGAAUUAUCUCCAUAAGAUUGAACAGUCAGACUUUUAGAAUGCUGCUAAAAUAUGUUGUAUCUUUGCCUUACCUCUUCUGGAGCAGCCUAUAGCUGUGGGGGUUGGUCCUUGGGACCCUUGAAAGAAUUUUUCAUAAAGUAAAAGCAAAGAAUUCAGAUGUUUCCUUUGUGUUUCAGUUUUUGUGUGACUGAAAUCCAAAUGUCUUUCUUUGGUUUUGUGAACUUUGGAACCUUCAAUUAAAAUGUUUCUCACCA